AUGGACGUCUGCCGAAGCCCCCCGCAACAAGCCCCGGAGGCGACCAGCUUCGCCGCGAACAAGCUUUCCGUUCAGUCGUACCGCAGGUCGUGCGACCGCUGCCACGUCCAGAAACUCAAAUGCUCUCGGAACACGCGGUCUCCCACACAGUGUCAGCGCUGCGAGCGGGCUGGACACAAAUGCGUCUACAGCCAGAGGAAUCCCAGACAGUCAACAAGGGUGAAGGGUAACGCGUCCUCUGCCGCGCGGGGAGGGGCCGGCCAGUCGCACCAGCUUCCUGUCCCAGCCGGAGGGGACGAUGCGUCAUCCGACAAGUUGUCGCCCGAGUGGCCGGGCACCCUUGAUGGAGAUGCCGUCGACCUUCUACAGGAAUGGACCUGGCAAGACUUCACGGGGGGGCCUCUAGGGGAGUAUCAUGACCUCCUAGGCCAAACUCUGUACAGCCCGCAGACAACGUCGACGACGCCGCUUUCGGUAAAGGAUGGGAUCACCACCGCGACGACUAGCGAGCAGCAAGAUGUCUUCGAACGCCUGUCCAGCAUAUCAAAGACUCUGGAGGACUACGUGCACUUUUUGGCCAACCAGUGGGACCGUAAGGAGAUCCAAAACUAUCCCAUUGGCGAGGUUUUCGGCACCUUCCAGGCUUUCCUGACGACGCUUCAGGUACAGAAGCCGAUUGAGAAGCCUGGCGUGCUGGAGGGCUGUCAGCAUACCAGAACCGUCCUCCUCGCGUCUCAUUGCUACACGGUGUGCGUCAAAAUCAUGGAGGCUCUGGCCGAGACGCUGUGCCAGGACAUGUCCGCCCAGGCCUCGCAGAACGCGCUGCGGCAGCCGCCCGGGGACGUCAUUUCCGCCAGCGGCUCCGAGGUCGACUUCCUGGUGGGCGAGUCGUUCUCGCAUUUGCACCCCCUUGCCAGCUCGCUGGUGUCGGCCUGCACGACUCUUCACACGGGUGUCGGCAUCCUGUGCAAGGUCGAGGUGGAGCUCGGCGUGCCCUGGGGGAACAGCAUCAUGGCCAGAGAGGCGUUGCCUGCCGAGGGCGACGGGGACGCCCUCUUCCCGUCGCAGAAGAGGAAGGGGUCGGCAGGGUUCACGCAGGCGGCUCGGUUCCUCGGUGUGAUGCGGGAGGGGGCGGGCAGUGAUUUUGGAUACAUCAGCAAUCUCCAGAACUUCCACCGGCAUCACGCCGAGAUUCUGCGGCUGACAAGACAGCAUACCGUCUGUUUCCUGUCCAAGAUUUUGUCGCCACAGACAACCAAGACUUAG